AUGGCUUUCAGCUUCAAGCACCUGAGCGAGGUGCAGGAAGCGACGGACAACGCGUACGUCGACCUUGCCGCGAUCGUCUUCUGCAUCCAGGACUCGAACACCUUCAACUCCUCGAAGACCGGGAAAGAGUUGACGAAGAGGGAGGUGGCGCUGUGGGACCCGUCCGGCGCGGACGGAACUACCGUCACGUUGACGUUGUGGGGCCAGUCUGCCCUGAACGUACCUUUCGAGGAGGGCGCCGUGGUCUUCAUAAAGGGCGCCCAGGUGAGGGAGUGGCAGGGAGUGAAGGGGCUGUCGAGCCCAGGUACCACGGCAUGGCGCCGCAGCUCGGCCGGGACCCGCCCGCCUGCCCCGCCAGGGGCCAGGUGUUGCAGGGUGGCAGCCUCGUCGAGGACCGUUUCGCCGACGACGUCUACUAUCCCGGACGAGCCCGCACGAGGAGCGGCGGUGGCGCCGGGCACGGGCACCGCGGCCUCUGAGGGCCGGGCCAAGAAGACCAAGGUCGCAGAUAAGCGCGACACGCAGCUGAUGGUACUCAAGAGGUCGCUGGUUUCUUUUCUACCAGGCAAAGAUCAGAAGACGAAUGUCAACUGGAGUUUCGAGAAAGCGAGGGGCCAGUUGUCGGGGAUCCAGAGCAGGCUCGAGAAUUUGGUCACGCCCAUCCUCCAGCGCGGCUCACCGCUGAAAGAUGCAGUUCCUGAGGCGCCCGUCUCUUCAAACGCGGGGAUCUCACCGCCGCAGAUCCACCGCCCGAUCGGCGCGACUCUGCCCGCGUUCAACGCGCAGGACGGCCCGUGCUCGACCAGAGUCGCGCCAAAGGAGUCCACCGCAAAGGACGAGCUCGCAGACUCGCAGGCGGACCGCUCAUCGUUCCUCGGGAAGGCGCCGACGAUCUGCCGUUACAUUCCGCAGAUGUCGGCAGAGCUUACCAUGCCCCGAACGAAGCAGGGCACGCGCACGUGCGUCGCAGCACGAGGUGCAGAUCCGAGGCAGAGGUGGCGGCGAGAGCGGCCGGCCCGCGCGUCCGCGGGCGGGGCCGCGGGCUGGCUCGGCGCCCGCGCGCGCCCCGACUGCGGGGCCGACGAUGCCGCGGCGCCGGGCAGGCGCGACCGCCUAGGCGGGCCGAGUACCCGCGUCCCUGGCUCCGAGCAGGCGCCGAGGGCGCCGCGCCGCGGUGGCGGGCGCCUUCUGUCCGAUGGCGCCGGGGAGCAGGCAGGGCGUCUCAAGAGGGCGGAGGUCCAGGCUGCCCUAGCGGGGUCAAAGUACGGUUGGGCGGACGCCAACGAGUUCGGAAAGCUGGUCGCCGAUCACAUGCGAGCGAACGCAGGGGCCGGCAGGGGCUUGCGCCGCGAGCAAGCAAAGUGGAAGCGCACAGUCCCAGAGCUAUUGGCGGCGUCUGACGCGGAGAUCGUGAACAUCCUGCGGGGGGACAAGCUGCUCGUCGAUUGGACUGGGGCGACCUGUCCCAUCUGCGGGCGCGGCGCGCUCGGGGAGUUAGUCGCCCGCCCGCACAAGGGCAACCGCCUCUUGCGCCGAUGCGAUGCGAAGUGCUGCCGGAGGCACUUGUCCCCUGUCUAUUUGAACCCCAUCUUCAGCGAGCACUCGCGCGCCGAGAGCUUGCAGAAGCAGGCAGUGCUUCUACUGGCGAAGCCCGCGGGGACCUCCUACGCGAACGCCCGCGUUUUGUUCGGCGUCAACCGCAAGGCAGUGGAGCGGAUCUGGGGUAGCGUCGAGCAGGCGCGGGGGAUGCACGUGGAGGACGCGGGGCCGACCAUUGAAUAUAGUGGGUCGAAGGUGUGGGCAGACGUGGGGGCUGACGAGGCGACCUUAGACAAGCCGGACAUGACCGACGGGCCCGAGCCUCUGGGAGACCCAACUCACCCCGUCAUGUGGGGGCAGUGGUUGGGCAUUGUGCAGCGCGGCAGGCCGCGCGCGCUGACACUUACGAGACUGCGCCCCGAGAUGGCGGAGAAGCGGGCGCCUGGCCCUGGGGCCGCGCGCAAGGUAGACUGGAAACCCUUGGCGCAGCGCUGGCUGAGAGACCGCGACGUCGUCUUUCACGCUGACUCGGCGCGCUCCUACAAAUUACGCGUGCCAAGUGUCAUCCACGAUUUCGUUGUCCACCAGAAGAAGUACAAGAAAGUCGGCGGCAAGAGGGUGCUGAUUCCUCCCAGGCACGUCGAGCUGCAGACGCACGUACUCCCAUCGGGCAAGCACCUCAAAGUCAAGAGCGGCACCCAGAUCAUUGACCGCGCGUGGCGCUUCAUCAAGGACCGCCUGCACAGGAGCGCCACCGCCGAGGCAGGCACCAAGCUGCUCGCCACGAAGAUCCGCUCGGCCCAGUGCGACUACUGGCGCAAGGACGACGACACGUGGGCCAAGACGGGGGAGAUGGUGCAGCUCAUCAUGCGCGACGUGCUGGUGGACGUGGAGCUCGCGCCGCCGCCGAUGCCAGGCCAGCCUCUGGACCCCAACGGGCCGAAGACGGUCCACAGGCACGUUGUGAUCGCCAGGGCGACGGGCAUCCAGCUGGACCGCACGCCGUGCUACCCGAGCUGCCCCGAGCUGGUGGACCGCGGCGGGGCGUUCCCAUGA